UUGACUGAACUUGUCAAAAUGGCGUUGUUGGUAGUAGCAGACUGGAGUUAGUUCACAUUAUUCACUGCCAUUUAUUCGGUUAUUGGGCAACACACGCAACAUUGGCCGCGACAGCAUGGCGACCCUAGAUCAGAAAUCUCCCAACGUGCUCCUCCAGAGCCUCUGCUGCAGAAUCACGGGGAAAAGCGAAGCUGAAGUUGCCCACCAGUUCCAGUAUGCAGUGCGAGUCAUUGGCAGUAACUACGCCCCAACUAUUGAGCGGGAUGAGUUCCUGGUGUCGGAGAAGAUCAAGAAAGAACUGCUGAAGCAGAGGAGAGAAGCAGACGCUGCGCUGUUCUCAGAGCUGCAUAGAAAACUACAGACGCAGAGUGUUCUGAAGCAUCGUUGGUCUGUUCUCUACUUGCUGCUCAGCCUGUCUGAAGACCCCCGCAAACCCUCCAGCAGGGUUGGAAACUAUGGCGCACUCUUUGCCCAGGCUCUCCCCAGGGACGCCCACUCCACCCCCUUCUACUGCACCCGGCCCCAGAGCCUGGCCCUGGGCUACGGGGAGAGGAGUGCCGGCCUGUCGGCGAGUGUGGGCACCAGCGGCAUCUCCAGUCUGGGAGUCUACACGCUGAACGGGCCCACGCCAACACCUCAGUCACUGCUGGCUGGUCAACCCCCUCAGUCUGCAGCAGGAGGCGGGCAGCCUCUGGGUUCUCGACUGGCCUGGGCUCUUCCUGUAAGCUGCUCCCCUUCCUCCGCUCUGGCCCCACUCGCCACUCGACCACCCCUCGGACCUCCAGUUCCCUCCUCCAGAGUGGUGCGUCCUCGCCGCGAUGGUGAGGUGAGUGAGGCGGCGCUGGUGCGGGACAUCCUCUACGUCUUCCAGGGAAUCGAUGGCAAGUUCAUCAAGAUGAGUGCCCAGGAUAACUGCUACAGAAUAGACAGCAAGGUGGUGCUGUGCAAGUCCCUGAGAGACACAAGCAGCAGACUGGCCGAGCUCGGCUGGCUCCACAACAAAGUCAGGAAGUACACCGAUGCCAGGAGCUUGGACCGGGCCUUUGGACUGGUCGGGCAGAGCUUCUGUGCAUCGCUCCACCAGGAGCUGAAGGAGUACUACAGGCUACUAUCUGUCCUCCACUCCCAGUUGCAGGUGGAGGAUGAGCAGGGCGUGACCGUGUGCACAGAGAGCAGUCUGACCCUCAGAAGGCUCCUGGUCUGGAUGUAUGACCCCAAAGUGCGACUCAAAACUCUGGCCGCCCUUGUCGACUUCUGCCAAGGUCGGAAAGGAGGUGAGCUGGCCUCAGCCGUCCAUUCUUACGGGAAAACGGGAGACCCGCAGAUGCGAGCGCUGGUUCAACACAUCCUCAGCCUGGUGUCACACCCCAUCCUCAACUUCCUUUAUAGGUGGAUCUAUGACGGGGAGCUAGAAGAUACCUACCACGAGUUCUUUGUAGCAUCAGAUCCCAACGUGAAGACAGAUCGUCUGUGGCACGACAAGUACUCCCUCAGGAAGUCAAUGAUCCCGUCAUUCAUCACCAUGGAUCAGGCCCGCAAGGUUCUGCUGAUUGGUAAAUCCAUCAACUUCCUGCAUCAGGUUUGUCACGACAGAACACCGCCGGGGAAAAUCACACCAGCAUCCACGUCUGCAGACACACCCAAAGAUGCUGCAGAGCUGCUGUCAGACCUGGAGGGGGCGUUUCAGGAGAAGAUUGAUGCCGCCUACUUUGACACCAGCAAAUACCUGCUGGACGUCCUCAACCGCAACUACCUGUUGCUGGAGCAUCUGCAGGCCAUGAGGAGAUACCUGCUGCUGGGUCAGGGAGACUUCAUCAGACACCUCAUGGACCUUCUAAAACCAGAGUUGGCGCGUCCUGCCACCACUUUGUAUCAACACAACCUGACUGGAAUCUUAGAGACGGCAGUCAGAGCCACGAACGCCCAGUAUGACAAUGCAGAGAUCCUCAAGAGACUGGAUGUUCGCCUGCUAGAGGUGUCUCCUGGUGAUACAGGCUGGGAUGUUUUCAGUCUGGACUACCAUGUUGAUGGACCCAUUGCUACGGUGUUUACAAGGGAGUGUAUGGGCCACUACCUGCGUGUGUUCAAUUUCCUGUGGAGGGCCAAGAGGAUGGAGUACACACUGACUGACAUCUGGAAGGGACAGAUGUGUAAUGCCAAGCUGCUCAAAACCAUGCCUGAGUUGUCCGGCGUGCUGCAUCAGUGUCACAUCCUGGCCUCCGAGAUGGUCCACUUCAUCCACCAAAUGCAGUACUACAUCACCUUUGAGGUGCUGGAGUGCUCCUGGGACGAGCUGUGGAACAAAGUGCAGCAGGCUCAGGACCUCGACCACAUCAUCGCUGCCCAUGAAGUCUUCCUUGACAGCGUCAUCUCAAGAUGCCUGCUGGACAACAACAGCAAGUCUCUUUUGACCCAGCUGAGGGCCAUAUUUGAUCAGAUCAUCGAGUUCCAGAACGCGCAGGACUCCCUCUACCGCUCGGCACUGGAGGAACUCACCCUGCGACUGCAGUUUGAAGAGAAGAAGCAACAGAGAGAGGAGGAGGGUCAGUGGGGAGUGACAGCCGAACAGGAAGCAGAGGAGAAGAAGAGGAUUCAGAAGUUCCAGAAGACUGUACCAAACAUGCACGCCCAGCUCCGCCUCCUCACUCACGUCUACCAGACCAUCGUCCAGCAGUUCCUGGUGUUGCUGAUGACCAGUUCGGAUGAGAGUCUGCGUUUCCUCAGCUUCAGACUAGACUUCAAUGAACACUACAGGGCCAGAGAGCCAAGGCUGCGAGCCUCACUAGGUGCCACCAGGGGGCGACGACCGUCAAAUAUCUGACAUAAUGGCGAUGGCAUCAACAAGUGAGGCUUCCAGUGAUUGGAGCGUGGGGUAUGACAUCACAGUGGGCACUCGUGACAUCACAGAGAUGGGCCAGCCAGCAGACUUGAAACAAGCUUCAUGUUGUGAUGAUGUCAUGCCUUGGAGGAGCGACCCAGCGCUGCUCCGGUGUCGCGGCGGUCGCCAAGUGAUGACAUCACAGCAGACGGCUCUGGCAAAGUCAGCCGUGUGGAAUCACAAAGGAAUAAAGUCCAGUAAAUAAAACUUUCCGAGCUCGUCGUGACGUGCAGAGCAAACACCCUGAACAGACUGCUCGAAUAUUCAGCAAGUAUUCUGCAAAACAUGAGGUCAAUUUGGGAAAACGGAGUGCGAGGAGGUAAAUAAAAGCAGCUGUCAGACUGAGCUCCCCGAGUCACAUGGCAUGCCUUAUUAAUGAGAACAAACACUUUCUCAGCACGGUUGCCAAAUCUAGUCCCAACUCUCACAAUGUAUGUACAUAGAGUUUAUGCAAAAAUGUACGUAUGUGUAUAAAUGCAUCUUUACACGUCAACACUUGUGGCUUUGCAUCUUCGCACUAGGAUUCAACCGAUAUAGGUGUGAUAUUUUUUCAACUUUCUAUUUGUAGCAGUUAUUAAAAUGAUCGAAUUUGAGCGUUUUUAUUGCAGUUAAUCCGUACGUGGCCGUGUUUCUGCUGAUUUGUUUCCGUUAAGGUGGAAACAAACAGCAUUCACAGUUUGACUCAGUCUUCAGCAUACUGAAUACUGAAUAUGAUCAGUAUUGGCACACCAGUAUAUCGGUCUAACCCUAGUUCUCCUCUCACCUCUUUAAAAUCCAGGGUUUUAUAGUGUCAGCUGUCCAAUCACAAUCAUACACAGGAUGUAGAAUUACGCACACACACACACACUUGCUGACAAUUCUGCUUCCAUUGACAUGAAGACAAUCUGGCUCAUACAGACAAAAAGCCAACUUUGUUUACACCUCGUUUUAGUAGAUUUGUAACUGUUUGCCGUUACACAGGUGAGGCUAUAAACAUCUGGCGUCACCUCGACUGACACCGACCGAUGUAAAGAAUGUUACUAUGAGUUUAGUUUAUGUGGUUUCCCUGUUUAGUUUACAGUUGGUGCUUUUGUGUCUGUAUGAGCGAUGGAUCAUGUCAAAGAAACUCACAACAACCACAACAACCUCACUUCGUCUCAUCGCAUCAACAAUAGGAACUAUAAAUGUUCAGAUGUGUCUUUAAAAAAAAUGUAAAUAUUUCUAAAUGAAAGUCCAUAUUUAAAGAAUUUAAUGGUUAUAAAUGUGGGCGGUUUAUUUUCUGAAAACAAGUCAACGUUAUCCAGAGGAAAGCAACAGUAGUUGUGUUAGUAAGUGAGGUUUGCUGUGCGUAUGAGGUGAAGAUGCUGUUUGAACAGUCGCCCAAAUUGUUACUCACAUUUCGUUAAUCGGACCUAACUGUUUGCUGGAAUUCCUUUGUAGUACACAGUCGAAUGCUUUUGCUGUUCAAAAAAGGCCAAACGUUUGUUGGUAUUGAAAAGUCAAGUUGCAAUUUAAUCAUCGAGUUAAACAAUCAGCUGUGAGCGUUGAUCUCACUUUGUAGGAGCUCUGAUCCUGGAUCAGCGAGGGCAUGUUUCUAAGAGCAAGGAAAUAAAAUUGAUACGCUUAAUGUAGUACCAUAGAUUCAAAGGUUAAAAACUAUUACGUCAAACUCUGAGAGUAAACGUGCAUCAAAAGUAUUUGCAUUUCACACUUUUUUGUUUUGUUAGUUUCAUGGGGGAGUAUUUACUUCAGCAGAUGAACAAACUAUAUUUCAGUUUGGGGAAAUUCUCAGCCGGAGCUACAAAACCGUUUUCAUUUAGCAGCAUGCACACUGAGCUCAGGAGCAGAUGUUCCUCAACAUCAGCCCUGCAGUCUAUGUGCACAGACUGACUCAUAACGAUCCACAUGUGUGCAGUGAUGUUCCCGCUCUGAUUUUUGUCUUUUAUUUUUACUGUCGAUGAAACAAACUGGUGCUGCUUAUGGUCACUGGACCAGUUAACUGCUCCUUGACAAUGAGUUCCUGAAGUGAAACACUUAACUGAACCUGGGUCAGCACUCCUGCAUCGUCUGUCUCUGUUUGUCCUCGACAUUGUAUAGCACAUAAUGUAUAGAAUAUAGGGAAACAAACCAUCCCACUUCUUCUUUAAUAAAAUGUUUU